UGGGAGUGGGUCUGAGUCCCUGGCGCGACGUACGGGAGGCUAGCGGCAGCAGCCGGGGUGGUUUUGUCCCUGUGCCUAGACCAGGCGGCCGCGGCGCAAGGUGUGGCGGUGCCGACCCCAUUUUCCCUGGAAACUUUGGCUCUGCGGAGGGGCCCGCGCUUGCCAAGGCCGAGGGGCAGGGCGAACACGGUUCCCGUGGGCCAGCGGCCGUGUUGGGUAUAGAAUUUAAACCUUUUCUCAGAAGUGCAUGGUAGAACUCAAGACGACAGACAAUCAAGGGUGAUCUAGAAUUGUGAUUGACUCAUUAAUAAUACCAGGACAAAGUUAAGAGAUCACAACUCAAACGUAAGUUUUCCUAAGACUGCUACGAAGAUGUUUGAUAUUAAGGCUUGGGCUGAGUAUGUUGUGGAGUGGGCUGCAAAGGACCCAUAUGGCUUCCUUACAACAGUUAUUUUGGCCCUAACUCCACUGUUCCUAGCAAGUGCUGUACUGUCUUGGAAGUUGGCCAAGAUGAUUGAGGCCAGGGAGAAGGAGCAAAAGAAGAAACAAAAACGUCAAGAAAAUAUUGCAAAAGCUAAACGACUAAAAAAGGAUUGAAGGAAUAAACAGGCUCUCCAACCAGAGGAAAAUCAUUUGAAAAAUUAUGUAGCUUUGAAAGGACUCACUAAGGUUUCUUUUUUGUAUUUCUUGACAGUAUUAUUUAGUAAAGGAAAUUUGACCAAAUGGAAGAAUCAUGCUAAUUCUGACCUCAAUACUGUAGUUACUUUUAAGCUUGGGUAUAGAAAUUUUUGUUGGUAUCUAUUGACAGUUAUUAUAAAUUGGCUUUUACUAUGGUACAAAUUCUUUAUAACUGACUUAGUCAUUUGCCAUUUGGCAGUUUACAUGCUGAAAUGAAAACAUCCUGUGGAGGAAAAUGACUUUAGAUUAUGAACUUUUCAAAUAAGCUAUUUAAAAUGGGGUCCUUUACUGGACAAAGGAAAUUAAGAAUGUAAAAGCCAGAAAUGAACUCGCUGAGGUGAAAAGUAUGGUUUGGCUUAAAAGAGAUACAGUAUAUUAAUCACAUCUUUUAUCAUUAUUGCUUAUUUCUUAGAAUCAUUUUUGGCUUUCUCAAAGCAAAAUAAUAUUUAAUCAAUGAGUAUUUCUAUUUUCUGCAUUUUUCUGAUAUUAGCUGUUGAGACAACUGGUUAAUUAGCAAGACAUUCUGCAUUUUUUAAAUCUAAUUUUAUAAAGAAUUCUCUUAUCUUGACUAUGUAUAAUACCACCUACUGGAUAUAACAGUUUUUGUACUUAGUGAGCACAGCCAUUUUCUUAUAGAUGACUUGAGAAAAGUAAUACUAUGAUUUAUAGCUUGCAAUAAAAAUGCCAAACACUGUAGUACCUUGGAACCAGUUUGUUCUUGUGUUAAGUAGAACUGUGUAAUACUUAAAAUGUCUACAAUUUGCUUAUUAUAUAUACACUUUUGUUUUUUAUUCCAUUCUUUGUUUUAACUUAUAUGGUAGUGAUGUUCAAUAUUUUUUGGUCAAACAGGUUCAAAGGGAAAAUUAAAAUUUCACAUUUCUUUUGAAGAACUCUUAAAGAGUAACAGUAAGGAAAGGCUUAAAAUUUGGAAACAUUUUGUUGGGCAUAGUAAUUUGGUGAAGAGGAUAAAAUUAUGUCAAUGAGAAUGUGCUAUGUUUCUGUCAAGUAAUAUAACUGGAACUUUUCACUAUUAAACAUGACGUUUAUAAAUGCAUGAUCCAAUAAUUUUAUUCACUCAGUAUUUAAUAGCUUAAUGUUUUCUGCACUUCUGAUAAUGAAUAUUAAAUUAUAAAAAUUGUCCAACAGCUCUAAUUUAAAAAUGAAACUAGAUAUUGAAAUAAAUUUCAUACUUUUUUGUAAAGAGGUCUUGAGUUUUUGGUUUUCUUUUUGGAGAGGGUAACAAUUUAAGUUAGAUAUGUUAGGCAAGUUAGCAUUUCAGUUAUAGCUAAGCAUACUUGUAAAAGUUUAGGAUAGUGUUUCUCAAAUUUGAGAACCUAAGGACCCCUGAGAAUAAAACACAAUGCUAUUAUUUUAUUUGUCAGUUCCUACUUGGUGCCAGUGUGAGCAACAUGUUGCAACUGUAGGCACUGAAAUAAUUCGGUGCUUAGUUAUGAGUUGGUUAUUCAGGUGACUUAGGAUAUAACUGUUUAUAUUAUCCUUGAAAUUAAAACUUAAAAAAAAAAUGCUUGUAUAGAACUACUAGCCCCAAUGAGUCCUAGAGCCCAGUUUAAGAAAAACUAGGUUAAGGUGUAUCUAAAAUAUGUUUGGUUGGUUUUCUGCAAUCAAGCUGUUAAUAGAUAGAAUUUAUAUAUAAAUAUGUUUUACUUAUGGUCACAUUUUAGAAUAAAAGUAUUGAAGCAAAGGAUAUAGUCAUAAUUCUCAGUUAUGUAUUAAAGCUAUGGUUUCAUUGAUUCUCUUGCAGCAAUUUAAAGGUAUUUAACUAAAAGUCUGUUUUCUAUAAUUUCUGUUAAAAUCUUAACACCUGCCAAUUUUGUAUUUGACAUAUGCUAUUUUUGAUUUCUUCAGUUUUUCCCAACAUUUAUAGAGCCUUUUUAUACAUGUGAGAUCGAAGUUUUAUUAUAUUUGUGUCUGUGUAUGUGUGUGUGUGUGGGGGGGGCAAAAGGAGUAUAAAAUAAAGAAUAUUGUGAGAGUUUGGAAAUCUUCAGAAAAAUCCAUCUUCUCUCAGUGUAACAAAUAGUACUAUUGUUCAAAGAAUCCCAUUUACUUUUAGACUAUUUCUUUAAAAAUCGCCUAUUAUGUUGUUUCUUGUGUUCUAAGAACUAAAUACAAUCAAUUACCUUUUCAUAGUUGGCU